UACUGGACCAAUGGAGGCCCUGACAAGGAAACCAUCUAGCCCGAGGCCACCCAGAAGGUUAAAUGGGGUCUAAGCCUUGGCUUGCCUGCUCUCCCUUACCAACCCCCCUCAACCACCUGAGAAUGAGAGGAUUUUUCUGGGCUCCCUGCCCAGGGUGGGAGGUACUCCUGGCUCCUGCCCUCCCUCUACCCCGUAUAUUUCUCAAGUGCGGGAAGCUGGGGCUCAGAGUCCUCGGAAAUCCAGGCCAGGGCGGAUGGAGGGUUAUCCUUGGAGGGUCACUGUGGGCCCAGCAGGAAACUCUGAGUAGCCCAAGGCCCAGGGCCAGCAGGGGCCCCAGGGUAGCUCAGGUGGGAGCAUUCCCUCCCCCAGCAUCUAUCUGCCUCUGGCUUGGACACCCAUCAGCUGAUCCAGGCAGGCUGAGCAGGCGGGUGCUGCCUCCACCCCCCCUACCCCUCUCUUGGCAGCCCCUGCUCCAGGGCUGCAGCCCGAGCUAGAGCAGGCGCUGUCUCCGGGGUCCAUCCAGCUUCUGGAGGCAGGAGCAGCCUGGCCCCAUCCCAGUCCCCAGGGGGAAUCCUGAUGGCGGACUCUGUGCUCAAUCACUCUUGGCCCUCCAUCUCAAAGCUGUGGAUGAAGAGAUGGACCUUCAAGAGAGGUUCUGAAUGCAAAGCCUGUGACCCACCCUCGGAUGGCAGCCCCUGCUCCCUCCCUGUGCCCCUAAAAGCUGACAGCCAUGUCCUCUUCUCUGCCAUGGCCAGGGAACGAGAGGCUGGUUCUGUGCCAGAGCUGACAGAUGCCCACAGCAGCACUGAGGACCUUCUCUCACUAGAUAUGGCUCUUCAGGGCACAGAGUACUACAGGGACCUGGGCUACGGGUCACCUGUGGAGAUGACGUCAUGGCUCCCUUUGACCUCGUGGUCCCAGGAGAAGGUGCCAGGGGAGCUUGUAGUCCCCCAACUCCAGGAGCCGAACCACCUCCUUCAGAGCCCCGAUGCCCUUGGUUCUGGGGACCGAGUUGCUGAGCCCUUUCCCACGUUGGCCCGUUCAGUGACCACAUCUAGGAGGCACAGCUGGGAGAGGCCCCUCUCUCCCUUAGAUAUGGACCGGAGACUCAGCCUUGACACCUCUGACAUGGGCAGUGACGAGGAGCGGAGUUUGCCCAGAACAUUUGCCAGCCACUCCUUGAAUCUGCCUGGAGGGGGCCUGCAGGCCUGGGCAGAGAGGACAGGUCAUCGAGGAGCAAACAUCAGGGGGAGAGUCUCACCUGAGCUUCCCUACGUAGGCCUGGAGGAGCCAGAGGAUGACUCACUGAGACAGCAGGAAUUUAACAGCUCUUGGAAGAGGCUGAGGUCAAGGUCUGUUCCUCAAGCUGGUGAUAUGGUUUCUCCCUCAAGAAUCUCUCCGAACCUGGAGGUUUCCAUUCCAGCUGCCCAAGGUAUCGAACCCCCCGUGCUGGAAAGAGCUGAAAAAGACCAUGUGUCCCCUGACCAUGUCUUGAUUGUCCAGCAAGUCCUCCAUGAGCUCAAGCAAUUUCAUGGGAAGGAAGAUAAUGGGAAGAGUGAAAAGACCGAAAAGGGGACCAAAGUGAAGAGAAGGCUGAGUUCCCUCCGAAGUCGAGUGACUGGCUCCUGGCAGAAGGAUAAGGGUAAGAACAAAGAACAACAGAAAGAGAUAGAGCCAAGGGAAAAAUGGAAAAGCGCAAAUGGCCACCAGUUAGUGCCAGGGACUUUCUCCAGCUGCAUCGAUUGCUCCCUGUGUGGCAAACCCUUGCUUAGUCGGAAUGGGCUGCAGUGCUUAAACUGUGCAGUGAAUGUUCAUAAGAAUUGUAAGAAUUUACUGGCCGACUGCAGUAAUAGCAAUAAACUCAAGCAGAAAGAUUUCCAGCACAAACCUUCAGCAUCUUCACAGAGUUCAGCCCAGAGCCUUUGUCAAGCAGCCUCUUUGAAAGAACAACCUCGGAACACCCUCUUAGGAUCUAAUGGCACCCCAGUCCUGCCUCGGCAUGUCGGAAUGACUAUCUCAACGAGGGGAAGGCUUCAGUCGGCAAUGAACACUCCUGGAACUCUAAAUAGAUUUGGAUCAGGUACAGGAGAAAUGGAUGAAAGUGAUUCUGGAUUUCUAAAAUUCAAGCAGACAACAGAUGAUUCUCUUUCACUUGCAUCAUCGACUACUGAAUCUAUUUUUGUGGAAGAUUCCUAUUCUGCCUCACUAAGAAGUGAAAUAGAAGCAGAUGCCCAGGAGUUUGAGGCUGAGUCCUGGAGUCUUUCUGUAGAACCAGCAUAUGCAAAGAAGCAAAAAAGAGAAGUACUGAAAAGACAAGAUGUCAUUUAUGAGUUAAUGCAGACUGAAGUGCACCAUGUCCGAACUCUGAAGAUAAUGUUGAAAGUCUAUUCCAGAGCACUGAAGGAAGAAAUGCAGUUUAGUAGCAGAGUCCUCAACCGCAUUUUUCCAUGUGUGGAUGACUUGCUGGAAAUGCAUGGGCAGUUUUUGUACCGCUUAAAAGAACGACGCCGAGAAUCGUUGGCAGAGGGCAGUGAUCAGAAUUAUGUGAUCCAGAAAAUUGGAGAUCUCUUGGUACAACAGUUUUCAGGUGAAAAUGGAGAAAGAAUGAAAGAAAAAUAUGGUAUAUUUUGCAGUGGUCACAAUGAAGCUGUCAGUCAUUACAAGGAAUUGCUCUCGCAAAACAAGAAAUUCCAAAACAUGAUUAAGAAAAUUGGCAACUUCUCCAUUGUGAGACGGCUUGGUGUUCAGGAGUGCAUUCUUUUGGUUACUCAGCGCAUUACCAAGUACCCUGUGCUGGUGGAGCGUAUUAUUCAGAAUACUGAAGCUGGUACUGAAGAUUAUGAAGACUUGAACCAGGCUCUUGGCCUAAUAAAAGACAUCAUCACACAAGUUGAUGCCAAAGUGAAUGAAUGUGAGAAGGGGCAGCGUCUCAAAGAGAUUGUUGGCAAAAUGGACCUGAAGUCCUCUGGCAAACUCAAAAAUGGGCUGACUUUCCGGAAGGAAGAUAUGCUUCACAGGCAGCUCCAUCUUGAUGGAAUGCUGUGCUGGAAAACUGCAUCAGGGCGGUUGAAAGAUGUUCUUGCUGUCUUGUUGACUGACGUACUUUUGCUGCUACAAGAGAAGGACCAAAAAUACGUCUUUGCAUCUGUGGACUCAAAGCCACCUGUUAUUUCAUUGCAAAAGCUAAUUGUAAGGGAAGUAGCAAAUGAGGAAAAAGCAAUGUUUCUGAUUAGUGCCUCUCUGAAAGGACCAGAAAUGUAUGAAAUUUAUACCUGCUCCAAAGAUGAGAGAAAUUCUUGGAUGGCCCAGAUCCGCAGAGCUGUGGAAAGUUGCCCUGAUGGAGAAGAAGAGCCAUUCAGUGAGGCUGAAGAAGACAGAAAAAUGGCUGAGGCCCGAGCUGUAAAAUUGAAAGAAUUCCAAGAACGUUUAAGCAGAAAAGAUGAACUGAUUGCUCAGAGUCUCAUUGAGAAACAACAGAUUUAUUUGGAAAUGUCCGAGAUGAACAGCUUUGAAGAUCUUCCUCCAGGUCCCCGACCCAGGUUCUUUUUCCGAGGAGGAGAACCCUCAGAGAACCUACAAGGCGAGAUGAUUCUGAAAUCGGCAGUAUCUGAAAUUGAGAAUAUCCAGAACCUGAUCUAUAAGCAGCUGGGCACUGUCAGCUGUCGAAAUGAAGAUGGUGGUAGUGGUGGUGGGGAUGAUCUCUUAUUACCCAGGAGAGCAGAGACCUUUGGAGGCUAUGACAAUAAUGCAAAUACAAAUAAAAAUGCCAGUUUUAAGAAAAAGGUCAGCAAUAGUGAUACCUGGUUCAAAGACCGGAGAAAUCCCUUUACCAGCUCAGACUCACAGCUUGGUGACCUUUCAGGAGAUUCUGAAGAGGGAUCACAAAUAUUAUCCUUUCAGACAGAGGGAACCCGAGUGGACUGGAACAACAGUUUGUCAAGCAUCUUGGAAUCUGAGCUUAUACAGAGAAUACAGAUGCUGUCACAAUUACUUCUCAACCUUCAGGCUGUGGUUGCUCAGCAGGACAGCUACAUUGAAAUGCAGAGGGCCAUGAUCCUGGAGAAAGAAAAGCAGUAUAGGCUGCAGUCAACACGUGGAAACUUCCUGUUAGAACAAGAGAAACAGAGGAACUUUGAAAAACAGAGAGAAGAACUGGCCAAUGUCCAAAAACUCCAGAAUCAGCUCAAACAGGAACAGCAACGCUGGGAGCGAGAGCGUGAGCGGCAGCAGAAAGAACUGGAGUACACUGAGGCCAGGCUCCAGGAGCGCGAGAAUGAGUCCCAGCAGUUUAAGGAACGGCUGACCCAGGAUAAAGAGGAACUGGACAGGCAGCGAGAAGCCUAUCAGCAUGACCUGGAGAGGCUCCGGGAAUCCCAGCGAGCUGUGGAAAAGGAAAAGGACCGGAUUGAGCAUCUAAAAAAAUUGAAAAAACAGAACACUGUGUCUGGCACCUUACCUCCUGAAGGAAUAGAGGGCCAUAUUCUGAGCACCUCCUUGAAUUUCAAUGGUGAAGGCCUUGAGGGGGCUGGACACCUAGCCAAGACCUUAGGGAGGACCAGUACACUGUUGUCUGGAUCUGAUUAUGUGGAGCGUCCAGAGAUGGCUCGUAGGGACAGCACAACAGCAGAGGGUCGCCCAGUGAAGAAUGAUGUGCCGAUUCAGCUACUGAGUGCCACCAACCAGAUCCAAAAGCAAGCUGCUGUCCAGCAACAGAUUCCUACAAAGCUCGCUGUGUUCACCAAGGGGAGCAAAGAGAAGGGAGGAAAAGGCAAAGGUUCCCAGCGAUCUGACAGCUCCACCUCAUUUGACCUAAAACAGCAACUGAUGCUCAAUAAGAUUAUGGGCAAAGAAGAAAACACUAUAAGAAACCGCCGGUCCCUAAGUCCUGUCCUGACAAGCCAGAAUGUUAUUAUACAUCCAGAAUCAUGUAUCCCAGCAGACAUCCAGCCCUCAGAGAUCUCCCAUCUCAACCUAGGAAACAUGUUCAGGCCAAACAGUACUCCUAUCCUCUCCCCUCCAGCCCAGCUACCUGUGCACCUCACCUCUGAAGAAGAUGCCAACAAGGAAGAUGUUAUCUUUUUCUAAACUACUGUUGCUCCAGGUGUGCCUGGUCCUAUCCUCUUUCUAUGGAGACUCCAGGAUACCCUGUGCUGGCUGGCAUCUUCCAUCUCCUCCACAGUGACAUCUGCUUCAGAUGAAGCCAGAUUUCCUUUGCUACAGUGUUCACCUAGAGGCUCCAGAAAGGUCUUUGUAACAAUUUGGGCAUUUGCUUUUCUCUUUUAGGCAUAACCACUAUGGACUUGAACAUGGCCUAGGACCAUGUUGGUGAACCUAUGGCACGCCUGCCAGAGGGGGCUGAUCCCUUCCCCCUCUCCACUGCUCCUGAGGACUUUUCUCCCAUCACCUGCCCCUCUUCCCAGCAGCCCAGUGGGAACACUUCCUCCCUCCCUUACCUGGAGUAAGGAGGCAGUACACAUGUGGCAACAGGGUAUAGUUUGGGCAAUCGGUCUCUAAAAGGUUCACCAUCACAGGCCUAAGGAGAUCAAUUUCAAAUCUAUGAUAUGUUGCCAUCCACCAUAAUAUGCUCUUUUUGGUGAAUUUGCAAUGAUUCUUUGGUUGAGUUUUUAAUCUCUUUUAGAAAAAGUUUUAAUUGGAAGUUAAACCAUAAAUGAACUAAGGAGCUAUUCUGAAUAAUAGGAUCCUGUUUGGAUAAGAAGUAGAAAUCUGUUUUGAAUCUGUUUUUACAGAGCUGUGGCCAGUGGAUGCAAUUUCAGAAAGCAGUCAGGCAACAAGCUAGCAAACUACCCGUUCUAGGGUGAUCUUAGGGCCAUCGAUUCUUGGCCCAUAUGUGAGCUGGAAGGUGUACCUAGAGUGCGGGAGUCCAAUUGGACCUUAACAUUUAGCUUCAAGGCCCCAUAGGCUAAUGGAGGGAGUGUAUCCAUUCUGUUGGAGGUGCUUUCUUGGCUGUCCCAGAUUUGCAGUCAGAGGCUCUUCUCUACUUCUGAGGCUUUGCUGGGUGUGGUACAAAUUCCCAAAGCAAAUUAUAUGUUGGUUCAUAGUGAACCUCAAGAUUGGGAUAUUUUCCUGAUCAUUGAAGAUGUUAAAUCUAAAAAAUGUUAGCAAGGUUGAGAGUGCAAUAGGUUACUGUCUUUUAUGAUCCUUUGUGUUCUAGAUUGUUACAGUAGAUGUCCUGCUAAAAGAGGCAUUUAUUGCCAUUCAAAAUAGGAGAUUUCAGUGCUGGUGUCUACACAGAUCAGCAGCUGGCUAAAUAGCAGCAAACAUAUUGGGAAUGAAGGGAACAUAGGCACAUAUAAGAAAAUGAGUUAGUGCUGGCACUGGUAUAUUACUGCCAUGUGUGUGAAGGAAAUUUACCCUCCCCCUUUCUGAGGUCACACAGGUGAGAUCAUCUCUUGUCGACUACCUGCAUACCUGGAGUCACCUGAACUUGACCUGGACGGCUAGGACAGGAGCAGGGGAGUCAGGAGGUUAUAAAAGAGGCUGUGCAGGAAGUUCACGCUCUCUGACUCUGGUGCUCUGCCUACAAACUUCCAUGCUGGGGACUGCAGGAGGAGCCAUGGGGAAAAAUUAGAUUCAGGUCCCUUUUCUAUCUCUCUGAUCUUUACUUAUCCAAAUAAGCCUAAUAAAUUUUGUUAUAAUCUAAGGACCAACUCCUAUUUUAAUCAAAGCAAGAGCCUUAUAGAUCAUGGGAAACUGAAUUAUAUGCCACCAUCUAUCUUGCCUGGAGCUUUUUGUAAAGAGGCACUAUAGGACUCCUUCAACAGUAGCCGUGGACUGACCUCUCUAGGGCCUAUCCCUGAGAACCCAGGUCCUUUGGCUCCAUUGGGACCCAGCCAUUUGGCUUUCCUUUUGUCAUCUUGGGAACUGCCACCUGCAAGAUUAGGUUCCAGUCACAUCCUUGUUGAAGCCUUUGGGAUUCUGCCACUGCUGUUGCCAGAUGUGCUGUCUGCCUACCACUUACUACACACACAACAUCCCUGGGAGGUGGGGUAAAGGCAGACUGGAGAACAGCCAAGCCCAAGCUCUUGGUUAGAAGAAAAGGCCAUAGUCCUGAGAGAUUAGAUUGCCUGGCACCACAGUUUUGGAAUCAGAGACCUUUCUUUUUUCUUUUCCGUUCUCCCAACGUUUUGUGGCCACAUUUUUCCCCCUAUAAAAAUUGAUGGCUCUCCUGUUUUUGCUUUGUCCACCAGAGUGCUGCGCUGUGUUACUAGAUAUUCCCAGAGCAGUCCCAUGUUUCAUCUGGGAAGUCAGGGCAAGCAAGUGGGCUUGGUUUUGCUGAAACCUAUUCCACGUGAACUUGCAACAGGGACUGAAAGCAGAAACCGUCUUCCUUCUUACGUUCACUCUAGCAAGGGAAAUCCCCUUUUUGGCAUUUGGGAUGUUCUGCUUUGCUAUUUGCUCAGAAAUGAGUUCCUAAUGCUUCUUUCUGAUCUCUACCCAAUCUCUUCCUCUCACCCCUCUUGAAGAAAGGAUUUAACAAGUGUCACAUCAUUCAUUCCAAUUCCUGUUGUGCUUGCAGAUCCUGCUCAGCAAGUGAAGUUCUGAGAGAAAAGCUCAGGUUCUCUUUUUAAAACUUUUUCCAUCAGCAGUUCUCAUUGCCCUUUGUACCACAAAUGUACCACACAUUCAGUUUUGUUUGUGCCAUCUUCAUAAUCAGUGUUUUCUAUUUUUUGUACUGAAGUAUUGGAGCACUUUAGAAAAGUUUAAAUUUGUUUGAUCUUGGAAGGAAACUUUCUUAUCUGUAAUUCUGUUGCUGUGCUUGCGUCACUGUUCUUUACUGAGCUGUGAGAGUUUGAUGUCUAGUCCAGUGACUCUGAUCUAGUGAAUAUUCCUGCGAGUAGGUUCAGGGGGUUGAAAUUCAACCAUAUGUUCUUCCCUGUGGUUGGGGAGGGCCCUUGGUUCUGCUAGAAUGGCAUUGUUGUACAUAGUUCUUCUCCUGCCAGUAAUAGCCCUGUCACUUCUUGUUAGUAUCUAUUUGUAAAAUUGAUGGUUAAGCACAUGUUAAUAUUUCUGUUGACCCGUGCACUUCGUUAAUUGUUCUGUGAUUUUAGUUCACCCCCUGGUUUGUUGUUUUUGUUUGGGGUUUUUUAAUAAUGAUUGUGCUAACUCUCAACUGCACGAUUUCAGAACAGCCUUGGAACCCAAGUACUGAUUUCUAGCAAUAAAAAAUUACUAAAAUAA